UACGGUUUUAUAAUUUCUUGAAUGAUCUUUGUUUACUUUCGAAAAGGUGUCUCAUCUUCGCUACCCUAAUAUAUACGCUAUAAUAAAUGGUGGUCAUGUCUUUAUAUUUACCAAUUUAAAUAUUUAGCGUGCGACACCAGAAAAUGCUUAAAAUUCGUCAGUCUAAAAUUGAUCAUAAAUUCGCAAUAACGGAAAGGGAAAUCGAAAUGUGUCACCGUUUAUAUAUUUGCCCGGUUUUGCUGUACGUUUGAGCAUAUAAAACUUAGAAUAUAGAUUACUGCAUUAUUCUACAGUAGUAUUUAGAUCUCCCAGUAGAAGUUUUAACUAUUAAUUUAAAAUGUUCUUGAAAAUAUUGUUUCUUGCUUUGUCUUUAAUUUCCGUAGGAGAUGCUCUGAAGUGUUACAACUGUUCCAGUUCUUUCCCUUCGGAUCAAGAGUGUUUGAAACCGACCACAAACAGAUAUGCUCUAACUUGUGCGAACAACCAAAGUCAUUGCGUAAAGAUAACAUUAAAAACCGGAAGCUUAGAGACAGUUGAACGUAGAUGCGGAAGUCAACAGUUGAAUACAUGCUUGAAUGUAAUCAUAACUGCGUGCUCCCAUUCUUGCAGUACAGAUUUGUGCAACAGUGCCACUAAGCCGCACGUAGAUUUGAGAUUUCUUUCCGCUUUGAUGAUCGGUUGGGUUGUCAUUCUCUCAUCUUCCAGCGCUUUACUCACAAAAUAAAACUAGUGUCUGUAAAAAAAUGAACGGUAUUUGCGCUGACGUACAAAUUAUAUUUGUUUUAAUGUAUGAAUCUUGUAUUAUCGCAUUAUAGAUCGUUAUGUUCCUACAAAUGACGGGUAUGUUUAUAUAUAGUAGUUUUAGAAUUUUUUGAAUGUUUUUGUUUACUACCAAAUGGGACGAGAAAAUAGAAUUAUAAAAGUGUCCCGUCUUUCCCUGUACUUCAAUUAUGUAUGCCCGCAAUACGAUAAUGCAUUUUUUCAUUGUCUUGUAAAUACACAUAUAUAUUGGUAUUAAGUCGUUCAAAGUUUUAUCUCUGUAAAAAAAACUCUAAAAUGAUUUUGUUGUGAACAGCGUUAACUGCACUUUAUAGAAACCUCCGGGCAACAAUACGCGAAAUAUUCUGUUUGUAGAUGAAAAUGCCGGUAUUUUUUAAACUGUAACGGCUACAAUAGGUUUGUCAUUUGUGCAACGAUGCAUCCAUGCUGGCACUGAAUGUGGCAUUUCAGCUAGUUUUGAUGACAAUAUUUGUCUAUUUCAUUUCGUGAACACGAAUGAUUAAGUUUGUAAAUAAUACAUGAAGACAUGUAAAUUUGAUGACAGCAAAAUGACGCAGUAAUGAGGCAGUUUGAUGACGUCACUAGUUAUAGCCGCGCAAUUUUUAAACAACAAAAUGUAUGCAUAUUGCGUGGUAUAAUUUAAAACUUAAUCAAUACAGUAAAGCCAACUUUAAACUGUACGUUCAGUACAACCGAUUAACC